GGCGGAUCAUCGGAGUGAUCGCAUGCUGGAGGACGGGGUGAGACUGGCAUCUACAUGCAGAAAGGAGGCGAGUUUGUGACGUGGGGUUCAGGGAUGGACCCAGCAUCGGGAUCUGAUGCGCAAGUGUGGUAUAUGCGCAAGUGCUCUGGAACUGACGCCGCUGCCUGUUUGGGCGACGGCAGCGCCUGGACGUCUACCACCAGUGCGCUGCUCUCGGGGGACGUGGUGGCGUGGCACAACAAGCAAUCAGGCCAUGUGUAUGACUGUGCACAUGGGGGGUGCACCGAUAAGCCCUACCCGCCGCCGAGCGGACACUGGGGAACACCGUACCGCAUCAUCAAGUUAUCCAGUGGUUCAGCUGUCAGCGAUGGUACUCCGAUUUAUUUAGGUGACGAGGUGUAUUACUACGGUAUGCAAUACAGUGUUUUCACGUCGUCUCACAUUAUCGGCUGCGGAGAUUCGUAUUGCACUGGUUCGUCGUCAAAUACAAUCAGCGGGAACACGUUCAAGCUGUGUAGCUCCUACGAAUGCCCCGACGCCCUGCUGCCGGAGACUGGCAUCUACAUGCAGAAAGGAGGCGAGUUUGUUACGUGGGGUUCAGGGAUGGACCCAGCAUCGGGAUCUGAUGCGCAAGUGUGGUAUAUGCGCAAGUGCUCUGGAACUGACGCCGCUGCCUGUUUGGGCGACGGCAGCGCCUGGACGUCUACCACCAGUGCGCUGCUCUCGGGGGACGUGGUGGCGUGGCACAACAAGCAAUCAGGCCAUGUGUAUGACUGUGCACAUGGGGGGUGCACCGAUAAGCCCUACCCGCCGCCGAGCGGACACUGGGGAACACCGUACCGCAUCAUCAAGUUAUCCAGUGGUUCAGCUGUCAGCGAUGGUACUCCGAUUUAUUUAGGUGACGAGGUGUAUUACUACGGUAUGCAAUACAGUGUUUUCACGUCGUCUCACAUUAUCGGCUGCGGAGAUUCGUAUUGCACUGGUUCGUCGUCAAAUACAAUCAGCGGGAACACGUUCAAGCUGUGUAGCUCCUACGAAUGCCCCGACGCCCUGCUGCCGGAGACUGGCAUCUACAUGCAGAAAGGAGGCGAGUUUGUUACGUGGGGUUCAGGGAUGGACCCAGCAUCGGGAUCUGAUGCGCAAGUGUGGUAUAUGCGCAAGUGCUCUGGAACUGACGCCGCUGCCUGUUUGGGCGACGGCAGCGCCUGGACGUCUACCACCAGUGCGCUGCUCUCGGGGGACGUGGUGGCGUGGCACAACAAGCAAUCAGGCCAUGUGUAUGACUGUGCACAUGGGGGGUGCACCGAUAAGCCCUACCCGCCGCCGAGCGGACACUGGGGAACACCGUACCGCAUCAUCAAGUUAUCCAGUGGUUCAGCUGUCAGCGAUGGUACUCCGAUUUAUUUAGGUGACGAGGUGUAUUACUACGGUAUGCAAUACAGUGUUUUCACGUCGUCUCACAUUAUCGGCUGCGGAGAUUCGUAUUGCACUGGUUCGUCGUCAAAUACAAUCAGCGGGAACACGUUCAAGCUGUGUAGCUCCUACGAAUGCGCCGACACAUCCACGGCCAGCCCCACGUCCAGCCCCACGGCCAGCCCAACGGCCAGUCCGACUGCCAGCCCAACGGCCAGCCCCACGGCCAGCCCCACGGCCAGCCCGACGGCGAGCCCGACCGCGAGCCCGACGGCCAGCCCCACGGCAAGCCCGACCCCGAGCCCGACGGCCAGCCCCACGGUGAGCGCGACAGGUGAUCCUCACCUCACCAACCUGUUCGGACAGCGAUUCGACCUCCACAGGGAGGGAUGGCACACGCUGGUGCGGAUUCCGCGGGGCGCCCAGCGCAAUGCCGCCCUUCUAAGCGUCGAGGCGGAGGCGCGGCAGAUGGGCGCGGCGUGCGCGGACGUGUACUUCCAGUCGGUGAACCUUACGGGAACAUGGGUUCGCACCAAGGGCCGUGUCUUCAGCGCCAACAGUGUCGCCAAGAAGAAGCACCCGCGUUGGUUGCGAUACGGCAAGGUGGAGUUGAAGGUCGUGCAUGGCCACACCAAGAGUGGCAUCGUCUACCUGAAUGUAUUCGUACGCAAUUUGAAGCGUGCAGGCUAUGUCGUGGGCGGCAUCCUCGGCAUGGACGACCACACCGCGGCGGUCGCGCCCAGUCAGAAGUGCCGGAACACGAUCAGCUUGUAGACGGGCCUGAGAACGCCUCCACCACAUCAGUCGAUUUUGAGUGUGGAGGGCGUGCGUGUGUCUUUUGUGUUCUGAGACGAUCAGAGCCUGAAUGCUGGCAAUAAUCCGUUCACGAUAUUGUGGUGCCAGCUGUAAGAAAAAGCCUGAAGCAUACGUUCACCCACUGCUGCGUCGUGCUUCCAUAUUAUGCUCAGUUCUUCUCUUCUGGGUUGGGGCCCAUGUCGAGGAUGAGAUCCUCCCGACCUGUCCCGGGCGUCGUCGUCGUCGUCGUCGUCGUCGUCGUCGUCGUCGUCGUCGUCGUCGUCGUC